AUGACUUUGACAGGAACUUGGAAAAGGGCCAAAAUCCCGAUUGCACGUAAAAUACACCUCAAGAGUUUGAUGCUUGCAAAUGCCUCCAAGAAACUGGAAAAAGAAAAGAGUGAAAGAGAUACAGAGAAAAAUCGUGUGCUUAAGGAAACUGUGCCAGAACUUAACACGUCAAGCCUUUCAAUUCAGGAAUUGCAAAGUAUGUGCAAAAAAUUCCACCAGAUGAUCGAUAGUGUUGAUGCGGAGCGCUAUGAUGUUGAAGUUAAAGUAUCCAAAAAUGCCAGAGAGAUCGAUAACUUAACCCAGAAGGUCUUAGAUCUCAAAGGCAAAUUCAAACGUCCAACCCUACGUCGAGUCAGAGUAUCUGCUGAUGAAAUGUUGGGUGCUAUAGCAGAGACCACCUACAAAACUUCCAUGGAUUUGAGGUCACAUUUAAAAUCAGUGAAAAAAGAGGAUGAAAAGGAACACAAACAGGUUGAAGUCCACGACUGGCGGAAGAAUGUAGAAGCCAUGUCUGGAAUGGAAGGAAGAAAGAAGAAAUUUGAUACUGGUGCUCCACCUCAAUAA